AUGACUGGGCGAGACGCGCUUUCCGACGGGCGCGCCAGGAGCCAGACGCUGGCGCCCGGCAGUUCCCCCACGGGCUCGCGGCCCCGGGGCUUCGCCAUCACGGACCUGCUGGGCUUGGAAGCCGAGCUGCCGGCGCCCGCCCGCCCGGGGCCGGGAUCGGGCUGCGAGGGCCCAGCGGCCGCACCGUGCCCGGCUCCGGGGCUGGGCGGCCCCUGCGUGGCGCGCGGGGCCCUGCCGCUGGGGCUCAGCCUCCUGUACGGCUUCGGCGCACAGCCACCCGCGGCCGCUCGGGCGCCCUGCCUGCUCCUAGCCGACGUCCCGUUCCUGCCGCCCGGGGGCUCUAAGGCCGCUGCCCCGCAGGCCCCAGGACGCUCGCCGCCCGCGCUGGGCCGCCAGAAGCGCAGCGAGAGCGUCUCCGCGUCCGAUGAGGACAGCCCAUCUGAAGACAAAGGUGACCUGAAGGUGUCCCCGACCUUGGGCAAGAGGAAGAAGCGGCGGCACAGGACAGUUUUCACUGCUCACCAGCUGGAAGAGCUGGAGAAGGCAUUCAGCGAGGCCCACUACCCUGACGUGUAUGCCCGGGAAAUGCUGGCUGUGAAAACCGAGCUACCCGAGGACCGAAUACAGGUCUGGUUUCAAAACCGGAGGGCCAAGUGGCGCAAGCGGGAGAAGCGCUGGGGCGGCAGCAGCCUGAUGGCCGAGUACGGGCUGUACGGGGCCAUGGUACGGCACUGCAUCCCGCUGCCUGACUCCGUGCUCAACGCGGCCGAGGGUGGCCUGCUGGGCUCCUGCGCGCCCUGGCUCCUGGGAAUGCAUAAAAAAUCCAUGGGGAUGAUAAAGAAACCAGGAAGUGAAGACAAGUUAGCAGGACUCUGGUGCUCUGACCACCUCAAAGAAGGUUCUAGCCAGAGUCAGGCAGGACCCCAGAGAGGCUUGGACAAGGCGAGCCCUGUGAAUGGCUUGGAAGACGUGGCUAUCGAUCUCUCCAGCUCUGCUCGGCAGGAGACCAAGAAAGUGCAUCCGGGGGCCAGGGCUCAAGGAAGCUCCAGCUCCACCGGCCUGGAGGGGCUCCAGCCAGGGAAGGUCGUAGCCUAA